CGGUUUUAAACUACUGUGCGUUUGUUUGUUCAGGUUUGUGUUGAAGCGAAAUUCUCGUUCUAUUCUAUAACCUGUUAUUCAGUUGCGAGUAUUCGUUGAUAUUCCUCAUUUCAACCUAUCAGGUAUCAUCAGAAUUUGAUCUUUGAAAACUGAAUAGUCUUAAAUGAUUUAACACAAAUAAGCAUUUUAUUAUCCUAUUCAAGUGAGUGAUCUCAAUAUGUCAGAACAAUUUUUGGGCUGUACUGUAUCCAUAAAGUGUACAGAAGAUUUAGGAAGCUACCAGGGUCAGAUUGUUGCCCUGAAUGAUCAAAUUGUUACACUCGCUAAACCAUUUUGUAAUGGUAUCCCUCACAAUGGACCAACUGUAACAUUGAGAGCUAAAGAUAUAGUGAAUGUAGAUAUUAUUCAAGUAGAAGAUGCCACAGCUCAAAGAGAUGUACAGGCACAAAGUAAAGUCAUGGUCAAAAGACCUAUUGCAAAAAGAGUUGGGAGAUCAGUUUCAGAAUGUUCUGUACCUAUAGCACAACCUCAAACAGUUCAGCUAUUGCCAAAUGUAAGAAAACAGCAAUCAGAAGUACAGCCAUAUUCAGAAGUACAAAAUGCCAAUGGAAAAGCUGGUCAAGCUAGAACAUCCAGAAAAAAAAUGAGUGAAAGAGACGAACAAGCUUUUGGUACUCCAAUUGACCAAUCAUUGAGCCAAGACUUUGACUUUGAAAAAAAUCUUGCAUUGUUUGAUAAAGAGGCUGUAUGGCAAGAAAUUAAUUCUAAGAAACCAGACGUCGUACAACAAUCUCAAAAUAGAGGAGGCAAUAAAGGCAGGUACAGACAUGAUGAAAAUGUACUAGAGUCAGAACCUACAGCUCUUAGGCAAAUUGCAGUACCUAGUGCUGCUGCAAAAGAAUAUGUGACUGAUGACGGUUUAAUAAUACCAAGUAUUACAUUGGAGCUCCAAAGACAAUUGAUUGGAGCUGCUGACAGACUUGGAAUUAGUUGGGAACGAAGGGUAGAGUUAUUGGGACGAGCGGGUACUGAGAUAAUCUUGCAACUCCUUGGAGGAGCUCACCGAUUGAAUCCUAAUAAUGCCCACCAAUGGCCAACGGUUGUCGCUCUCUGUGGACCUCACAGAUCUGGCGCCGCAGGUAUAAAUUGCGCACGACAGCUAUCGAGCCACGGAGUUAAGACAAUCGUCUACGUGGAAAGCUCCGAGGACAUAUUUCUGCUACAGGAGUUGUCGCUUUAUAAGCUCACAGGAAAUAAAGUAGAAAAUGCCGUGGAGAAGUUGCCAACGGUAGCAGAUCUUAUAAUUGUUGCUCUCUAUGAAGAGAAAUCUCCUCGAACCAUCACCCCUGUAGCCAAGUGGGCAAAUAAUAACCGAGCUUCCAUACUGGCGAUCGAACCUCCUUCGAUGGGUACACCUGGUAUCAUCAGCAAGUACAGUCUUGUAUCUGGUUUACCUCUAUCUCAUUGCGCUGAAAAUGGCAGAUUGUACCUGUGUAACCUAGCUCUGCCAAGCAGAGUAUUUUCGGACGUAGGCAUUUCCUACAGAUCACCGUUUGGACCGAAGUUCGUCAUACCUCUGCAUCUUAACAGUUCCUAGCAAUUCCAUCGAAGCGGCUUUUAAGCGGCUCUGCGUACUUUAAAAAUAAACUAACAAAGUUGUCAUUCUCGGUUUCUUCUGGAUAAUAUUUAAUAAGUGUAUAUUCAUACGUGAGCUAAGUGGAUUUGCGCGCAAUCUUCAUUUGAUAUGAAAGGACAGACGAACGAUGAGAGACAAAACGAAAACAACGCUAUUUCUUGAAAUAUAAUGCGACAUUGUAAACCAGUAGAAAAUUAUUUAUAAAGAUGGAUUUUCAAGCAUUUGUCUUUGAUAUUUUUAAACUUUUGCAUUUUUAAGGUGAUGAUUUAUAUUGAUUAGAAUUUUUAUUUCGAGAAAUAAUUUAAUUGCGAAAGGUCGCUAAUGCGUAGUAAGUUUCUACUGAUUUCUACAAGAAUUUUUCUAUUCAGAAUUUUCUGUCUAUACUUUCAACAAUAAGUUAAUUCCGUACUAUCGCGGUGUUUGAUGAUAAUGUUAUAUGGAGAAUAAGUGACAAUCGGGAGUGUACAAGACUUAUUACGACAACUGAAAUUAAAGCAGCAGCUGACAUAGUCUGCUUGCGACAGUUUUAAAGGAUUUUAGACCACAUGACUAUACAAAUUUGUAAAAUUUGGUAGCGGCAAAAGCAGAAAAAAUUUUAUUUGUAUAUUUUUUUAAAAAUCGGUGUUGAGUUUUCAUUCAUCAAAAUUGUUUUAUUUAUAUUUUUUAUAGUACCAUAGCAAAACAGAAUGUUAUAAAAAAACUGAUUUGUGUAAAUGAAAUUUGCUAAUAACGAAUUAAAGUGAUAUUGUACUCCCAAAAGAAGCAUU